AUGACAACUUCUAUACCAGAAUCGCCAACAAAUGAGGGUCUAAAUUUGAAAAGUGCGCUCCUUUUUAAUGAAUUCAUUAAUAACAGUGAGGUUGGGUACAAAAGUAUAGAUGAUGAUGAUAUACUUGGUGAUGAAACUACAAGUUACAUGUCUGGAAGUUAUGAUGGAAGCAAUAAUCGUGAUUUCGAUAAUAUUGAUACAUUUACUUUGGAUAAGAUGAGCUUCGAAAAAGCCAGAAUUUUUGCUGAAAACGAAGAAAUUUGUUAUGAUACCUUUUGGGAAAAUGAUGAAUUUGAAGUAGAUUCGAUAUUUUCUACAGAGUUAGAAUCAACAUCGACUUUAUCAUAUGAUGAAAGUAUAGCAUUGGAAAAUGCUAAUAGCAAACAAGGAAAAAAUCAUAGUUUUACUUGUGAAGUAAAUCAUACAAACGAUAUUACUGUGGCACUUCAAAUUUUUGGAAACUGGAUUUUACAAACUGCUAUUACAGAUAAUAAUGAUAAAAAAAAGGAUUUAUUAGCAUGGUUAUCAACAAUACUUGUAAUGUUUAACAAAGAAACACAAUCGCAAUGUUCUAUAAAGCCCCAAAAUUUGCAAGAAAUAGACAAAUCUAAAAUUAAAAAAAUCAAAAAACAAGUAUCUCAACCAAAUACUGUUGAUAUAAAAAAACCACGUCAUAAACAUCAAACUACUGAAAAAGAAAAAAAAAUACUUGAACCUAUUCUUUCUGACAAAGUUUUUCCUAACAAUAAACUUUCUGAAAUCCUUUCACAACUUGGUGCUGAAUCUGAUGAAUGGACAGAAUCACAU